AUGGUCAAUAUUUUAAUCUUCGGAACUGGCAGUGUUGGCACAGUCUACGCCAUGAUUCUGCUCAAUGCUGGCGCCAACCUGACUUGUCUCUGUCGCUCCAAUCUGGAGGCAGCAAAGUCUCAUGGAUUUACCAUCAAAUCUUCCAUCUUUGGUGAGCAGAAAAUAUUUCCAACUGUGGUGGGUUCGAUCCAGGAGGUAGCCGAUGCGAAUUCAUCCUCGCCCUUCGACUUCGUUGUUGUCUCGACCAAGGCAACUUCUCAGUCUGCAGUGGCUGCUGUAACAUCAUUGCGGCCGCUUGUCAAGGCUCACUUCACCACCAUUGUGCUGAUUCAGAACGGUAUUGGCAUUGAGAAUUCCUUUCACGAUGCCUUCCCGGACAAUAGCAUCAUUUCUGGCGUUACUUACCUACCCACAUCCCGGAUUGGUCAAACCGUCUAUUCUCAUACGGAGACUCAGAUAUUACACCUGGGUCCAUUCCCUGCAGGGCGAGCAAGCGCUGCCGAGCGGCAACACACGGACGACUUUGCAGCGUUGAUUCGAGCUGGUGGCGGUCAUGCAUUGGUGCACACGGACGUUCAGGUCGAAAGGUGGAAGAAGCUGAUUGGCAACACGACCUGGAAUCCUAUUUGCGCUCUUUCGCGCUGCCGGGACCUUGAAUUUUUACAGUCAUCAGUUCUAGCGCCGGAUUUUGUCCGCAGGGUGAUGCUCGAAGUCGUGGCCGUGGCCAACGCCAUUGGUUACGGUGAGCAUAUUCAAUUGAGCGCUGUUGAGAGUCAGAUGCAACGCAGCGCAGCGCGCUCGUGGCCAGGCGUGGAACCUAGUAUGAUGUCUGAUAUGAGUCACACGCGAACGAUGGAGGUGGAAGCUAUUGUCGGGCAAGUGGUUCAGGUGGCCAAAGGAAAUGGCAUCGAUGUACCUAGGCUAGAAACACUAUACGUGCUUCUCAGCGGGCUUGAUUGGGCUCUUAAGUCGAAGAAGCAAUGA